AUGCCUAAGGUGGAAUACCUUGAACAUAAGGUCUCGUUCAAUGGACUGGAGGCGAAUCCGAAAGAUCUGUCUGUAUUAACUGAUCUAGCCUUUCCAGGAUCACUCAGAGCUAUGCAAUCAUUUUUGGGAAGUCUGAACUAUUAUAGCCGAUUUAUUGAAGACUACGCGAUUUACGCGUCGGUUCUGUACGAAUUGCGAGAAAUCGACUUUGCUGCGAUGACGAAGGGGGCUACCCAAGCGCGGGACGCAGAUCAAGGAUCGCAGGAAGAUCGGGGUGUCGACCACCGAAGGACCUCGGAUCUGGAGGGGCCCGACCCUAUUGAGGUAGAUCCACGUUGGAUCCAUGCUCAUCGGUCCUUCAACGUGCUUAAAACCAGGAUUGCUACAACUUCGAUCUUACAACACUUUGACCCAGAUCGGAAGGCCACAGUGGUGGUGUACGCUAGCGACUGGGCCAUCUCGGGAGCAUUGAUGCAAGAAUACGACCAGAUCUACCAUCCCGUGACGUUUGCAAACCGUACUCUGAAGUCGAAUGAGCUAAACUACGGCAUCGCGGAGAAGGAGGUACUAGCCCUUCUGAGGAUCCUGGAUCUUUAUUACAAUGCUUUGGUCGGGCUGCAAUGGGCCGCUCUGUUGUCGCCUUGGACACUUGAGAUCACCAAGUGUGUCAAAGGGGAGGAUGAGAUCUUGGGAACACUGGCUGCCAGCAUUACCCCUAGAUCAGAAGUGGAUAAGGCGUUGAUCUCGAUCGCCCCCAAGAAGGAGCCACGACGUAAGAUCCAAGCUCUGAUCCCCACUAUUAGACAAGAUGAUAAGCUAUAUGUCGUCAGUUUCGAUGGAUCAGCCCGUGUCAAGAGAGGUGGAGGCGCCUACAGCGCGAUCUUAUCAGGAUAUGCCGAAGGCUUGACGGUGAAUGAGACGGAAUACCAUGGUCUGCUGCUAUGUCUGGAUCUGGUGGAAGAUCUGGAUAGUGUCUGGUGA